UGUCACAUAUAAAUGUUCGAAUUGGGAGAGCGUCAAGAUGUUCUUUGAAAAGACAAACUGAAAAAAGCACAAAAUAGAAUUCGGCGUUCCUCAGUGAAUAAUUGUUUCCCUGCUUGGCGUUGAGUUCGAUGCUGCGGAUAAACUACCCAUAUUGAUAGCGACGAAUAUUUUGUAUAGAAGGUUUCUUCCUAAUAGAUUUUUUGCAAUGUUUUUACCGGAUCUAAUUGUGGGAUGUGAGUUUUAUGAGGACGCAAGUGGCAAUCAAGGGAACCUGGGAUCAAACGAUUUAUAAUGUUUUUAGUAUGCGCUUAAGAUUGUAAACUAAAAAGUGACUUUUCUUUCUAAUAUUAAACGAAAACCGAGAAAACGUUUUUGAAAAGUAAUAUCGAUCGGGACACGGCUGCAAGGGCUUUGCUAAGAUAUAUCACGCCAUCUGCCGAUUGUAUUGAGCACCUAAUUUCGCAUGAAAAUCUGAAAAUCACUCGAUUAUAAAAUUUCUUCCAUUUGGUGGUCGAAACUAAUAUGUAAAGUUUCAAGUAUUUCUAUUUUUCUCUGUAGCAAAUUUUGUAUAUCUAGAAUGUUUCAGUUGCCAACAAUCUCCAGUGUUCAAUGUGAUAAGUCUAUUCCGAACAGUAGAUGAUUUCAAUCCAGUCUACUUGGGCUCACUAAUGUGUGACAUUGGACUGAUAUGGAUUCAAACAAAACCGAACUCUUACCAAGUUUCCGUCAAAAUUAACCCUCCCACUGAUUUGUACCUUGAUCCGACAACAAAUCCUCCGACUACAACUGUCGUCACAACUAGCGAGACGACGGCUACUUUUAAUCCGACACAACCUGUUACUUCUCAGAGCACUGUGAGAGUUGUUACGACACAGCAGCGUGAAACGAGCACGGAUUCGACUACAGCUUCUGUGAAGCCUCAAAACGUGUUGGUAGAUCCUCCCAUCGGAGUUUCAGAUGGUCAAAAAUCAGAUAAAACAAGCAAGGAUACUUUUGAUUCGCCUGGACAAUAUAUCGAUGAGAAACUGAAAACUAAUGAAGGAACAGAGCCUUUUUUGAAGGAACAGAUAAUUUCGAGUUUUGUGCGAUCAGUUUCAACUACAAAAGUUGCGGUUCAAACGAGCACACGGGCGCCCGUGCAAAUUUCACCUCUGCAGAAAUUCAAGUCUUGGUUGGUACAAAACGGUCAGGAGUCUUUAGCCAAUGCAUGCUCUAAAUGGGUUAUAAAUUCAACAUAUGAUUCAAAGUUGAAUGCAACAGCUGUCAGAAAAGUGAUUAGAGCCAACUGUUCUCAUCCAAGUUUCAACGUCAAACUUUUCUUUGGGUUCGAUUUUGAUAUUAAGAAGACAAACUUCGAGAAGCCUAUUUUGUCGUUUUUCAAUGAAACUUCUUGGGGAGCGCCUUACAAUAGUAACUGGAAAGACACGUGGUUAGAAACUCGUGUCUAUAAAACUGUUGACGUUCUUCCAUCAGAAAUAAAGUCCUUUAUCAGUCAGCAAUGUGCUGGGCUGAAAACGUCUGUUGCUUCUCUAAACAACGAGAACGUGAAUUCUACAGAGUUCACAAAGGUUGUUUGCACUAAAGUCACACAGAAGAGUCUGUUCAUCAGAUCGUUCACGCCCGAUGCUCCCAAGCCCCUGUUCAUUAAGAUGCACUCAACUAAGCCGAAAUAUGUUGAGGAUGCGCAUAAGGUGUUUGCGAAGUACAGACAGCUGUUCGACGAGGAUAAAUUAAGUGUAGUUGACGAGGACGUGGGAAAAUUGGACAAGGUAGAGAGAGAGAUGCUCCGAUUGGAGUGCACUUCUGGUCUAUUUUCAAGAGGCGGAGUCUUUAUUGACUACAAAGUGAACUACGUCAGUUCUUUUGUGGAGCUACAGUGCAAAAACAGUUCAACACCCAAAACAUUCUACCUCGAGUAUGAUAAACCCGAUGUGGCUCAAACUGUGUAUGACCUCGUUUCGCAAGACCAAAUGAGAACCGAAGUUCCACAGUUACAAAGCCUGCUGCACCCUAAAUGGACCCAGAGUUUGGCUUCUUUGGACAUACAGAGACUAUUGAAGAAGACUUUGAACUUCAAAGAAGCGGUAAAGUCGUCAAAUUGUUCGAGUUAUUCUGUGUUGUUGACGUACGAGAAUUCGAUUGUGGAAGAAGGUCGUAAAAUGUACUUGGUGAUUCUGUUCUGUCCGAAAAGGGCGGAGGAUGACAGGGUUAUGUAUGCAGUAGUUGCCACUGUUCUCAAUUCUGAUUGGUUCAAACCGGUCCUGGUUGAUAAACUGAAAAACAGGCCACCAGAUGGUUUUUGAGCAUUUUAGACAUUCUUAGAAUAAAAAAAUUGUGACAAUUGAUAGAUUGCGUGAAAACAAAAACUAAGUUUGUAUAAUUUUGAAGGAUUUUAAAUUUUCAGAAAUCCAGGUAAAAAUUG